CACUGACCAGCUUCAAUCACCGACGCUUCUCAACUUUCCAUCAUUCACUCGAGACUCAAAUCCUCGUUUUUCACGUUUCACCCUCAUUUCGCAAUCAGAUACACUCUAUUCCACAGGCAAUGGAGAGCAAAACUCUCGAGGCGGCUUCCUUUGGUGUAACGACCUUCGCAGAUCCUGUGGAGGAGCUACCUAGUGCGGGGACUGCGGAGCAUACCAACAGAGAUCAACAAGAAAUGGCAUAUUUUGGCAAGACACAGCAGUUGAAGCGCAACUUCGGGUUUCUUUCCAUUGCUGGAUUUGUUUGCAGUCUUCUGUCUACAUGGGAGUGCAUGUUCGCAGUAUUUAUUUUCGGAUUCAGUAAUGGAGGACCUGCCGGCCUUGUUUAUGGCUAUCUCUUUUGUUGGGUUGGUACAUUAGCUACCGUUGCGUCGUUGGCAGAGAUGGCUUCCAUGAUGCCUUUAUCUGGAGGACAGUAUCAUUGGGUCUCAAUAUUAGCCCCCGCACAUUGGGCAAAAUUCCUUAGCUACAUCACAGGAUGGGUUACCAUAAUUGGUUGGCAGGCCGGUCAAGCUUCGGUCUCUUUUCUGGCAGCGUCAAUAAUCCAAGGUCUCGCAAUCUUUAACUACCCGGGUUACCAUGCGACUCGGUGGCAGGGAACGUUGAUAUUUUAUGCUGUCAUUGCGUUUGUGGUCUUCGUCAACACAUAUUUGGCGAGAUGGCUUCCCAAGAUUGAAGGAAUGAUUUUGAUUCUGCAUAUUGUCGGAUUCUUUGUCAUCCUUAUCCCUCUGGUCUAUCUGGCUCCGCACGGGUCUGCCAGGGAUGUUUUUGCCACCUUCCUCAAUACUGGGGGCUGGGAAUCAAACGGAUUGUCUCUCUUUGUCGGGCUUCUUACGAGUGUGUUCUCUUUCCUUGGGGCCGAUGCUGCUUGUCACAUGUCUGAAGAGAUUCAAAACGCUUCCACAGUGGUUCCCUGGGUUAUGAUAUCCUCCAUAAUGUUGAAUGGGACGAUGGGCUUAGCUCUCUUGAUAGCGCUGCUCUUCUACCUUGGAGAUAUCAACAAUGCAUUGAAUAGUCCUACCGGAUUUCCUUUCAUUGAAAUAUUCCUGCAAGCUACGAACAGCAAAUCUGGCUCUACUCUCAUGAUUUCCCUGAUCCUUGUUAUGUUGGCAGCUGCGGCAAUUGGCAUAAUGGCAAGCGCAUCGCGAUUGCUCUGGUCCUUCGCUCGGGAUGGCGGCGUUCCAUUCAGCAGCUACAUUAGCCGCGUUGAUACUGGGACCGCGCUUCCGCUUUAUUCCAUCCUGGUCAGCACAAUUAUAUCACUCCUCCUCGCUCUCAUCAAUAUCGGCAGCACAGCAGCCUUCAACGGAAUAAUGUCCGUCAACGUGGCAGCGUUCUUCUCCUCCUACAUGAUUGCUAUCACGCUCCUACUUCAUAAACGAUUACGAAAUGAUCCGGAAAAGGACACUCUCCGUUGGGGUCCUUGGCACAUGGGUCCCGUCUUUGGGCCGUUUGUGAACGUUGUCGGUCUUGCUUACACAACAACCACCAUGUUCUUCGGCUUCUUCCCUUCUAACCGAAACCCGACCCUGGCGAAUAUGAAUUGGAGCUGCCUUCUCUUCGGAGCAUCAAUCAUCUUUAGUGUGGUAUUCUAUAAAUUUUGGGGGAGGCACAGCUACAAAUGGCCGCUCGUCGAUCCAAUUCGAAGAAGACAGUAGAGCAAGAUACUGGGAAAGCAGCUGGAGCUUCGUUAAUUUCCUUCGUAGUUUUCUG